AAAACUGCUGGAGAACAGAGGCCCGGCAGGGGAACCUAUCUCAGCCGCAUCUGAAAACGCCGCCUCUUGUGACGCUGUUGACCGCUCAUAGCUGCGGCCAUCCUACUUUACCGGCACGGUGGUUGUGGGAAGAAUAUCUUAUAUAAGCUGCGUUAUUGUCUCUUGCUUAUUUUUGGACAUAGCAAGGCCUGUUGGAAAAGGGAGUUGUGAAAGUAUAAUUAGGAUGGGGAGUGUUACUGAAGGAAAGCUGAAUUUUUGUAUUGAUAGAGGGGGGACAUUUACUGACGUUUACGCUGAAAUCCCUGGUCAGUCUGAUGGCCGAGUGUUGAAGCUCUUGUCUGUUGACCCAUCAAAUUAUGAUGAUGCACCAGUAGAAGGGAUCCGAAGGAUUCUUGAAGAAUUCACAGGGGAGAAAAUUUCACGCAGUUCAAAAAUACCUACUGAGAAGAUAGAGUGGAUAAGGAUGGGUACAACUGUGGCAACAAAUGCACUUUUAGAGCGUAAGGGAGAAAGGAUUGCUGUGUGUGUUACUCAAGGUUUCCGAGAUUUACUCCAGAUUGGUAACCAGGCUCGCCCCAGCAUAUUUGACCUCACUGUAUCAAGACCAUCGAAUCUGUAUGAGGAGAUUGUAGAGGUGGAAGAGAGAGUCCAUUUGGUGCAAGAUGAUGAGGUAGAACAUCAGGAUAGUUCAUCAUUGAUUAAAGGCAUUUCUGGGGAGCUUGUAAAAAUUGUGAAGCCUCUUAAUGAGGAAGCACUGAAGCCAAUGUUGAAAAGAUUAUUGGACAAAGGAAUCUGUUGCUUGGCUGUUGUGUUGAUUCAUUCAUACACUUUUCCGCAGCAUGAACAACAGCUUGAGAAGUUAGCUUUGAGUCUGGGAUUCAGACAUGUUUCUAUUUCAUCUGCUUUGACUCCUAUGGUUCGUGCUGUUCCCCGAGGUUUAACGGCAAGUGUAGAUGCUUAUUUGACCCCGGUUAUUAAAGAGUACCUAUCAGGGUUCUUGUCCAAAUUUGAUGAGGGACUAGAGAAGUUAAAUGUUUUGUUUAUGCAAUCAGAUGGUGGGCUUGCUCCUGAGAGUUCCUUUUCAGGGCAUAAAGCUAUUUUGUCUGGACCUGCUGGUGGUGUUGUCGGUUACUCACAAACUCUUUUUGGACUGGAAACAGAUAAGCCGCUAAUUGGAUUUGAUAUGGGAGGUACAUCUACUGAUGUAAGUCGCUAUGCUGGAAGUUAUGAGCAAGUGCUGGAAACACAGAUUGCUGGUGCCAUAAUACAAGCUCCUCAGCUUGACAUAAACACUGUUGCUGCCGGUGGUGGUUCAAAGCUGAAGUUCCAAUAUGGAGCAUUUCGAGUUGGACCAGAGUCAGUCGGGGCACACCCUGGUCCUGUGUGUUAUGGGAAAGGUGGGGAGUUGGCAAUUACUGAUGCCAACUUGAUUUUGGGAUAUGUUAUUCCUGAUUAUUUUCCAUCCAUCUUUGGGCCAAAUGAGGAUCAACCUCUCAAUGUCAAGUCUACAAGAGAAGAAUUUGAGAAGCUUGCUGCACAAAUAAAUGCUUACCAAAAGAACCAGGAUCCAUCUGCAAAGUACAUGACAGUGGAAGAGACAGCACUUGGUUUUGUGAACGUUGCUAAUGAGACAAUGUGUCGUCCAAUAAGACAGCUGACUGAAAUGAAGGGCCAUGAGACUAAAAAUCAUGCACUUGCAUGCUUUGGAGGUGCUGGACCUCAACAUGCUUGUGCUAUUGCUAGAUCGUUGGGUAUGAAAGAAGUGUUGAUUCACAAAUUUUGUGGAAUCUUAAGUGCAUAUGGCAUGGGGUUGGCAAAUGUUGUGGAAGAGAUGCAAGAGCCUUAUUCUGCAGUCUAUGGAGCUGAAUCAAUUGUUGAGGUUUCACAACGAGAAGCUGUAUUGUUGAGGCAGGUAAAGCAGAAACUACAAAAUCAAGGGUUUAAAGAGGAAAGAAUUUCAAUAGAGACAUAUGUAAACUUGAGAUAUGAAGGUACAGAUACUGCUAUCAUGGUCAAAAGACAAAUAACUGAAGAAGGAAAACCAUUUGAUUAUGCAACUGAGUUUGUUAGGCUCUUUCAGAAGGAGUAUGGCUUUAAACUCCUGAAUAGAAAGAUAAUGAUUUGUGAUGUCCGAGUUUGUGGUACUGGAGUUACCAACAUACUGAAGCCAUGGGCCUUAGAACCUGCAUCUGGUAGUCCCAGGGGUGAUGGCUACUAUAAGGUAUACUUUGGAAAUGGUUGGCAAGAAACUCCACUAUAUAAGCUUGAAAACCUGGGGUAUGGCCAUACAAUGCUUGGCCCUGCCAUCAUUAUGAAUGGAAAUAGCACCGUGAUUGUAGAGCCCAACUGCAGGGCCAUUAUAACCAAAUAUGGCAAUAUCAAGAUUGAAAUUGAUUCUUCUUUAAGAAGUGUUAAAAUAUCUGACAAGGUUGCAGAUGUUGUACAUCUCUCCAUAUUCAAUCACAGAUUUAUGGGAAUAGCUGAGCAGAUGGGAAGAACACUGCAAAGAACUUCUAUUUCAACAAAUAUCAAAGAACGGCUUGAUUUCUCUUGUGCCCUCUUUGAUCCUACUGGUGGCCUAGUUGCGAAUGCUCCUCACGUCCCUGUGCAUCUAGGAGCUAUGUCUAGUACAGUUCGGUGGCAGCUCAACUAUUGGGGUGACAAUUUAAAUGAAGGAGAUGUUUUAGUUACUAAUCAUCCUUGUGCCGGAGGCAGUCAUCUGCCUGACAUAACCGUUGUCACUCCAGUUUUCUACUGUGGGAAGUUGGUUUUUUUUGUUGCAAAUAGAGGACAUCAUGCCGAAAUUGGGGGUAUCACUCCUGGCAGCAUGCCACCAUUUUCAAAGUCCAUAUUAGAGGAGGGAACUGCCAUAAAAGCAUUUAAGCUGGUUGAAAAGGGGAUUUUCCAAGAAGAAGGAAUCAUCAAACUCCUUGAGUUCCCAGGCACUGAUGAGAGGGGAAAUAAAAUCUCAGGAACUCGAAGGAUUCAGGAUAACCUAUCAGACUUGCGAGCUCAAGUAGCAGCAAAUCAGAGAGGAAUUUCCCUUCUUCAAGAGCUCAUUGAACAGUAUGGUUUGGAAACUGUUCAGGCAUACAUGAAUUAUGUACAGAUGAAUGCAGAAGAAGCAGUGAGAGAGAUGCUCAAGACGGUGGGUAAUAAGGUUUCGUCUAUGUCGGAUGAAAAUUUUGUGACUGUUGUAGAAGAGGACUACAUGGAUGAUGGAUCUGUCAUUCACUUGAAACUAAGCAUUGAUUUUAAUAAAGGAGAAGCAACUUUUGAUUUUGGUGGGACCAGCUCAGAAGUUUAUGCUAACUGGAAUGCACCAGAAGCUGUAACAGCUGCAGCAGUAAUAUACUGUCUUCGGUGUUUGGUAGAUAUUGACAUUCCUCUCAAUCAAGGUUGUUUGGCUCCUGUGAAGAUUCUUAUUCCCGAAGGCUCAUUCCUUUCCCCAAGUGAUGUGGCUGCUGUUGUAGGAGGUAAUGUUCUGACAUCUCAAAGGAUAACCGAUGUCAUAUUUUCUGCAUUCCAGGCCUGCGCUUGUUCCCAAGGUUGUAUGAAUAAUCUCACUUUUGGGGAUAAUACUUUCGGCUACUAUGAAACCAUUGGUGGUGGGAGUGGGGCUGGUCCCAGCUGGGAUGGUGCUAGUGGAGUCCAAUGUCACAUGACAAACACAAGGAUGACUGAUCCGGAGAUUUUUGAGCAAAGAUAUCCAGUAAUUCUGCACAAGUUUGGACUAAGAGAAAACAGCGGAGGGGCAGGAUUUCGUCGAGGUGGUGAUGGGCUUGUAAGAGAAAUAGGGUUUAGGCGUCCUGUUACUGUCAGCAUUCUUUCCGAGCGACGUGUACAUGCACCGAGAGGGCUGAAAGGAGGAAAAGAUGGUGCUCGGGGGGCUAAUUACCUUAUAAAGAAAGAUAAACGAAGGAUUUAUCUUGGCGGUAAGAACUCUAUUGAGGCACAACCAGGUGAUACUCUUCAGAUAUUGACUCCUGGUGGUGGUGGAUGGGGUUCUCCGUCAUAAAAUCAUUUUUAGUUUCUGUUGUAAUAAAUUGGAUGUUCCAUGAUGAUGUUAAACUGUGUUGCCACUUCGGCUUAGCAAUGUAGGAUGCUACCUCGUGCAAAUGAAUGAAGUUUGGGAAACCAUGCUGUUAUAUGAACAAAGUUCAUGAUCAAUUUGUCUUGUUAAAAUAAGAGUUAAGUUGCAUCUAGCA